AUGUCUCCCUGGUUAUACAAUUCCCGGUCGGGCUCGGGCUCAAGCCCGAGCUCUACGAGCGUCCCCACUCCCUUUCCAGGUGGUGACCCGGCAGUCGUCGUGGGGAUGGCAUGUCGUGUGCCUGGGGCAUCCAGUCCAAGUGACUUGUGGAACUUGAUCGAGCAGCAGAAAGACGUGCAGCGGAAGAUGCCAGAGAACAGAUUCAACGUUGAUAGUUUCUACCAUCCCGAUGGUACAAAUAAGGGAACGACAAAUGCCCGAUAUGGCUACUUUUUGGAUCAGGACCUUGGGGCAUUCGAUCCAGGGUUUUUCAAUAUCUCGGGGAACGAGGCUGAGGCUAUGGAUCCUCAGCAGAGAUUGUUGCUCGAGGUUGUUUAUGAGGCCUUGGAAGAUGCUGGGAUCCCUCUCGAGAAGGUUGCUGGAUCACAGACAUCAGUGUUUUGUGGUUCCUUUACAAACGACUAUAACUCCACCAUCACGAAAGACCUGGAGUACUAUCCCAAAUACACCAUCACGGGCACAGGAAACUCCAUCCUGUCCAACCGUAUCUCAUACUUCUACAACCUCCACGGAGCAAGUGCCACCAUUGACACGGCCUGCUCUUCCUCCUUGGUUUGCUUCCACCUCGGCAAUCAGACGCUGCAAGCCGGCGAGGCGUCUAUGUCCAUUAUUCUGGGCUCGGCGCUGCACUUUGAUCCGAACAUCUUCAUCACCAUGACGGAUCUUGGAAUGCUCUCGACCGACGGCCGGUGCCGUGCCUUUGACGCCGACGGCUCAGGCUACGUCCGCGGUGAAGGUAUAUGUGCGAUUAUUCUGAAACGCAAGAGCCAGGCCGAGUUAGAUGGCGAUUUAAUCCGAGCCAUUGUCCGCGGGACGGGCGUGAAUCAUGAUGGAACGAAGCAAGGCAUCACUCUGCCAUCGUCUGAAUCGCAGGAAGCGCUCAUCAGACAGGUCUAUCACGCAGCGAGACUAGAUCCCAGAGAUACAUCUUACUUUGAAGCUCAUGGAACGGGAACCCGCGCGGGUGAUCCACGAGAAACCCGAGCCAUUGGGGCGGUGUUCGCGCCUGAUCGGGAUGAUUAUCUCCAUCUGGGAUCUGUCAAAUCGAACAUUGGUCAUUUGGAAGGUGCUUCCGGUGUGGCAGCUCUGAUCAAGGCGACCCUUUCUCUGGAAAAGGGCAAGAUUCUUCCAAACAUGCAUUUCAACACACCCAACCCGAAUAUCAAGUUCGAUGAAUGGAAGCUCAAAGUCCCCACCAAGACGCUCGACUGGGAUGCCCCAAACGGACUACGUCGGGCGAGUAUCAAUUCCUUUGGUUACGGAGGAACGAAUGGACAUGUCAUCCUCGAGGGUUACUACGCACCGCAAGACAGACCGUGGGAAAAGCUUGACUUGGCCUUCGACCUCGAGGGAAUGACACAAGAACGACCAUUCCUGUUCCCAUUGACCUCGCACUCGGUCAAAACUGGGAAGCUUACGGGCGAAGCAUUCUCGAAUUAUGUCGAGGAACGGCCGGAACUUGAUAUCCGCGACCUGGCUUAUAGUUUGAGUGUGCGACGCUCUAGGCACAAAUUCCGGUCGUUUGCUGUCAGCAGUGAUGCAGACACCCUUCUGGGUGAUUUUGCGGAUCCUCCGCCAGCUGCCGCCUGGACUGCGGCUCAGUGGCAGAAGCCUCGCAUCGGAUUCGUAUUUACUGGCCAGGGAGGGCAAUGGUUCGCCAUGGGUCGAGAACUCAUUCAAAAGUCGCCUCUUUUCAAGCAGACCUUGCAGAGAUGCGACAAGAUCCUUGGCCAGCUCCCCGACGCACCGGAGUGGUCCGUCGUCGAAGAGCUUCUGAAGUCCCAGGCGACAUCUCGUCUCGGCGACACUCGGUUCUCUCAGCCUUUGUGCACCGCCCUGCAGCUGGCCCUCUGCACCUUGCUCACUCAGUGGGGCAUCGAGCCAACUGCAGUGGUGGGACACAGCAGCGGUGAGAUGGGUGCCGCCUAUGCCGCCGGAAUCCUGUCCUUUGAGAAUGCCUUAAUUGCCGCUUACUAUCGAGGAUUGUACAUGUCCAGCGGGCCGGAAAGUAGCGUCAAAGGCAGCAUGAUGGCAGUUGGUCUGACCGAGGAGGAGGCCCGACUCGAGAUUGAGCCGUACAAGGGACGCAUUGCUGUGGCAGCCAUCAACAGUCCUUCCAGCAUCACCCUUUCUGGGGACGAAGAUGCCGUUGUGGACCUGAAGAGGGACCUAGCGGCCAGAAAGGUCUUUGCUCGUCAACUGCAGGUCGCCCAGGCUUUCCACUCGCACCAUAUGUUCCCGCUGGCCCCCGGUUACCUGCAAGCAUUGGAGAAGCAUACCAAGUUUGCCACGCUCCCAUCCCAGCGUCGGAUGUUCUCCAGUGUCACAGCCGAGGCCGCUCAGCCUAGCUUGAUGGGCCCUCAAUACUGGGUUGACAACAUGGUCGGCACUGUACGAUUCUCCGAAGCACUGAGUAGGAUUCUCGUCGACGAGGAGGGCAAGCAGGCCGUGGAUGUUCUCAUGGAAAUUGGUCCCCAUCCAGCGUUGAAGGGACCCUCUCGACAGACCCUUCAGUCUCUCAAGCUCGACACCCCCUACCUGAGUUCUCUGACUCGUGGAACCCUCGACUAUGAGGGACUCCUGACCGCAGCAGGUCAACUUUUCGCUCUCGGAUAUCCGGUCGACCUUGCCGCUGUGAACAGCGACCACUUCUUGGAUGAAUCGGGUGUCAUUCGUGAGGUCAACAAAGCACAGCGGUUGCGAGACAUGCCAAAGUAUUGCUGGGACCAUAGUGCGCGGUACUGGGCAGACACUCGCGUCAUCUCCGAGCAUAGACUCAGGAAGCACCGCCACGCUAUCCUGGGAACACCUCUUGCUGGCUCUGUGCCCGGAUCUCCCCGUUGGCGGAAUUUCCUUCGCCUCAACGAGCUUCCCUGGUUGGCUGACCACAAGAUCGAUGGUGAUGUCGUGUUUCCCGCGGCCGGCUACAUCGCCAUGGCGGUCGAAGCUAUCGCUCGGCUGGAGGAUGGGCCAGCAUCAAUCUCCCAGUUCGCUCUCCGGGAUGUCUCCAUUAAAUCCGCUUUGGUCCUCGAUGAAUCAGCCAUGGGCAAAGAGGUCAUGUUGGACUUGAGACCGCAUUCCACAUCCACCAAGCCCAGUCCAGAUUCAUGGUACGAAUUCUCCAUCGUCUCCUUUAGCAACUCGGGUGCAAACAGCACGGAGCACUGUGGGGGAUUGAUUUCUGUUCAGGAGGGAUCAGCUGGAUCCAUUGAUCGCAAGCAGCCGUAUUCUGGUUUCUCCGAGCUUCAGGCCAAGAGUGUCAAAUCUCUCAUUCCGCGUACUUUCUAUGAGCGGAUUCACUCUCUGGGGCUUCAGUACGGCGAAAGCUUUGCACUUCUUAGCGGACGGAUCGAGAGUGGUGCUGGAUUUGCCACAGCGCCUCUCAGUUGGAAAUCGGACAAGUUCAACUCUCCAGCGCCCUCGCAUGCGACUCUGAUCCAUCCCAGCCUGCUAGAUGCCGCAUUGCACACUAUCUUUGCGGCCGUUGAAGGUCGCACGGGAAAGCCCAUUACUGGGCCUUAUGUCCCAACUCUCCUGCGCUCCUUGCAGGUCUCCGGUUCUUUCGCCGACAGUGCCUUCCUGGCGGCAGACCACGAAUUCCAGGUCUCUACUGAAAUCGAUCUACAAGGCACUCGUCUUGUAACCAGUGAUCUGCGAUUGCAAUCCGAGGAUGGCCAGCAUUUGCUGCUGGACAUCCAGGGUCUUGAGCUGACUGGUUUGGGCACCUCGGACGUGCCCAGUCGCUCCUUGUUCUUCCGCACGAACUGGAACUUGGCAUUUGAGUUCUUGAACAGGCCACACGCACCGAUCUCAGAUAGCCUGUCUCACUUGCUUGACAUCUUUGCCCAUCAAUUCCCGGAUUCCAAGAUCCUGCACAUCACGCCCACCCCCGAUUCAUCCAGGGAAGUUUUGCGGUUCCUGGGUGGAAGGAAUGGCGAGCAGCGCCGAUUUCACUCCUUGACGCUACUUCCAGUGGCUGAAGAAUCAGUCAGUUUCGCUGAGCAGAUACAGUCGGAAUGGCCAUCCUUGAUUAAGCUCGAAGAACCCAAGGACGGUGAAUAUGAUCUCGUCAUUCUAGACGAUGCCGCCUCACAGACUAGCGAUAUCACAACGUACCUAAAAUCUGAUGCAUUUGUGAUCAGUUUGGGUGACAGGGAUAUCAGCAAAGAGGCUUUGACGCUAGCCUUCUCUUCUGCAAGCUUCAACGUCUGGAGAAAAGCCGAUGCGUCAUUUAACCCAAUUGCCGGCACUGACCUGGCUUUGGUCACUGCAGCCAAUCCAAGCGACAGAACAGUUUCUAUUGCAUCCACCAUUGCCUCAGCUCAUUCAGGAAGAUCGUUCAAGGUAUCUAUCGAUCAUCUUUCUCAGAUCACUCCAACCCCAGAAAAUGUGGUCAUCCUCGCCGCCCUAGAUAAGGACGUUAUUUUCAAUGAAGAACCCAGUGAUUCUGAGGACUUUAUCAACCUGCAGCACAUUCUAACCACUGGCAAGAGAAAUGUCGUCAUGGUCUUGAACGGCGCUUCGAUGGAUUCUCCCAAGCCUGAACAGGCACUGAUGACGGGUCUUGCCAGAACCGCUCGAAGUGAGAACGAAGAACUCCGGCUGGUAUUACUGGAUACUUCAUCGACUGCCCAGGAAGCAGAAAUUUCCAGUCUCAUCACCCAGAUCCUGAAUCCCAAGCUCCAGGAAGACGAGCUCACCCAGCGGGACGGUGCGGUCUUCAUCCCACGCGUGCAGACGGACGAUACUCUGAACUCAAAGUUGACUCACGGCUCUGUCCAAUCAGCCUCACUACAGCCACUAAACCAAGAUCGCCAGCUUGCCCUCAAGAUCGGCAAGGUUGGAGCCCUUGAUACCUUGGUCUUUGACGACAACCUGGAACUUCAAUCCUCAACGCUCGCCAAUGAUGAAGUAGAGAUCAAGGUGCAGGCUUCCGUGAUCAGUUCCAGGGACAGUGCUGCCGUUAUAGGGGCCGUUGAUGGAUCCAAACUGGGCGACGUCUGUGCGGGACUCGUGCUUCGCAUUGGCAAAGACGUCGAUCCCACUCUUUUUCAACUGGGAGACCGAGUUGUGGCAGUUAGACCGGGUCAGGGCGCGCACCGGACAAUUGUGCGGAACCCUGUUUCAUGGACCUACAGAUUGAAGGCCGAGAUGUCAUUGUUGACAGCGGCUGCAAUUCCAGCUCCUCUUAUCGCGGCGUAUGAGUCCAUUCACCAGGUUGCCCAUCUUCGCGCAGGAGAGACAGUCCUGAUUCAUUCGGCUGCUGGUGAGGUUGGCCGUAUGGCCAUGCAGGUUGCCCGUCGUGUAGGAGCGACAGUAUUUGCCACGGCUGGGUCGGAUAGCGAGCAGAAGUUCUUGCGAGAGGCCUGUGGUCUGGACGCCAAUCACAUCUUCUCCUCGACUGACACCUCUUUUGCUCAGCAGACCUUGGACGCGACGAACGGGAAUGGUGUUGAUGUUGUCCUCAACAAUCUCUCGGGCAAGUCGAUUGCCGCCACACUCUCAUGUCUGUCCCCAGGCGGUCGAUUUGUAGACUUAGGAGCAAAUGACCUUCUCGGAGACAUCGAGGUGGCUGAUGCGUUCCGGAAGAACAUCAUGCUGGCAUCUGUCAACACAGCUUCCCUAUUCGAGGGCCGCUCCGAGUACGGUGCCGAGGUGAUGAAAGAAUGCUGGGAGCUGGCCACAACCGGGGUGAUUAGAGUGCUGGGUGACACGGUGGGAUUGCCUUAUUCAGACGUGGUCAAAGGAUUCCAAAUGGCUCAUGGCUCCGACUUCCAUGGCACUGUCGUUUUGCAACCAACUGAAGGUGAUGUUGUCCGAGCCCUGCCCAUAACCUACCGCGACAGUGCUCUGUUCAAUCCCAACAAGACUCACUUGCUCGUCGGUGGUCUGGGAGGUCUUGGACGCACGCUGGCCGAGUUUCUGCUCCGCCGUGGAGCGCGAAGCCUUGCGUUCCUUUCUCGUUCAGGGGCGGAUCAUCCAGAAGCUCAACUCACUCUGGAUUGGUUGCAGAAGAGGGGUGUGCAGACGUCUGUCUAUCGCGGCAACGUCACUGAUUUCUCUGUCGUUCAAUCCUGUGUCGAUGCGAUUGGCAGCCGUCUGGCAGGUGUUUUCCACGCGGCUGUUGUUCUUGAGGAUUCUCCUUACGACACAAUGACAUUUGACCAAUGGCAGAAAUGUCUGAAGCCCAAGGUUCACGGUUCUCUGAACCUCCACCGUGCGACCUGUUCAACCCAGCUUGAGUACUUUGUCUGCUUUUCCUCGGUGUCUUCCGUCUUUGGUGGAAAGGGUCUGGCCAACUAUGCGGCCGCCAAUUGCUAUUUGGAUGCAUUGAUGCGCCAUCGACGCGAGGCCGGUCUGGCCGGCACAGCUAUAGAUGCUGGUAUGGUCGUUGGGAUCGGUCUCGUCGCCCAAAAUGCUGCUCUCCAACAGACCAUGGAGAGAAUGGGCUUUGAUCCCGUCACCGAGCAGGAAUUCCUCUAUCAGAUCGAAGAGGCGGUGGUUCAAGGCCGGUCCGCUUCAUCACAGUCGCUAUCUGCACCCGGCAUCGACCAGACGAGCACCAUCACCGGUCUCAAGAUGUCCCAGGAUGUUUUCUGGUCUCAACGCCCACUCUUCCGCAAUCUCUACGGUAACUACGACUUUGGCGACGGUGCUGCUGGUGGCAGUGUUGUAAAGGACCUGGCUGCGCAUAUUCGGUCCUGCCCCGACGAUGAAGAGAGAAGCGCCAUCCUGACUGAAGCCUUCUUGGAGAAGAUUUCGGCCGUCUUGGGAAUUGCCACCGAAUCCAUCACGCCCAGCAAUGCCCUCUCCGCGUACGGUUUGGAUUCUAUUGUUGCUGUGGAGUUCCGUAAGUGGUUUACAAAAGUUGUCGAGGUAGAUGUGUCGCUGUUUGAUGUUCUUGGGGCGGCCAGUAUCUCCGCACUGUUGUCGAAGGCCUUGGAAUUGGUGGCUGCCGAGGUUUGA